AUGGUUCCCACACCUGCCAGUGUGGUUCCCACACCUGCCAGUGUGGUUCCCACACCUGCCAGUGUCGUUCCCACGCCUGCUAGUGUGGUUCCCACGCCUGCUAGUGUGGUUCCCACGCCUGCUAGUGUGGUUCCCACGCCUGCUAGUGUGGUUCCCACGCCUGCUAGGAUGGUUCCCACGCCUGCUAGGAUGGUUCCCACACCUGCUAGGAUGGUUCCCACGCCUGCUAGGAUGGUUCCCACACCUGCUAGGAUGGUUCCCACACCUGCUAGGAUGGUUCCCACGCCCGCUAGUGUGGUUCCCACACCUGCUAGGAUGGUUCCCACACCUGCUAGGAUGGUUCCCACGCCUGCUAGGAUGGUUCCCACACCUGCUAGGAUGGUUCCCACACCUGCCAGUGUGGUUCCCACACCUGCCAGUGUGGUUCCCACACCUGCCAGUGUCGUUCCCACGCCUGCUAGUGUGGUUCCCACGCCUGCUAGUGUGGUUCCCACGCCUGCUAGUGUGGUUCCCACGCCUGCUAGUGUGGUUCCCACGCCUGCUAGGAUGGUUCCCACGCCUGCUAGGAUGGUUCCCACGCCUGCUAGUGUGGUUCCCACGCCUGCUAGUGUGGUUCCCACGCCUGCUAGUGUGGUUCCCACACCUGCCAGUGUGGUUCCCACGCCUGCUAGUGUGGUUCCCACGCCUGCUAGUGUGGUUCCCACGCCUGCUAGUGUGGUUCCCACACCUGCUAGUGUGGUUCCCACACCUGCCAGUGUGGUUCCCACGCCUGCUAGUGUGGUUCCCACGCCUGCUAGUGUGGUUCCCACGCCUGCUAGGAUGGUUCCCACGCCUGCUAGGAUGGUUCCCACGCCUGCUAGUGUGGUUCCCACGCCUGCUAGUGUGGUUCCCACGCCUGCUAGUGUGGUUCCCACACCUGCUAGGAUGGUUCCCACGCCUGCUAGUGUGGUUCCCACACCUGCCAGUGUGGUUCCCACGCCUGCUAGUGUGGUUCCCACACCUGCUAGGAUGGUUCCCACGCCUGCUAGUGUGGUUCCCACACCUGCCAGUGUGGUUCCCACACCUGCCAGUGUGGUUCCCACGCCUGCUAGUGUGGUUCCCACGCCUGCUAGUGUGGUUCCCACACCUGCUAGGAUGGUUCCCACGCCUGCUAGUGUGGUUCCCACACCUGCUAGUGUGGUUCCCACACCUGCCAGUGUGGUUCCCACGCCUGCUAGUGUGGUUCCCACGCCUGCUAGUGUGGUUCCCACACCUGCUAGUGUGGUUCCCACGCCUGCUAGUGUGGUUCCCACGCCUGCUAGUGUGGUUCCCACACCUGCCAGUGUGGUUCCCACGCCUGCUAGUGUGGUUCCCACGCCUGCUAGUGUGGUUCCCACGCCUGCUAGUGUGGUUCCCACACCUGCUAGGAUGGUUCCCACGCCUGCCAGUGUGGUUCCCACGCCUGCUAGGAUGGUUCCCACACCUGCUAGGAUGGUUCCCACACCUGCUAGGAUGGUUCCCACGCCUGCUAGGAUGGUUCCCACGCCUGCUAGGAUGGUUCCCACGCCUGCUAGUGUGGUUCCCACACCUGCCAGUGUGGUUCCCACACCUGCUAGUGUGGUUCCCACGCCUGCUAGUGUGGUUCUCACACCUGCUAGGAUGGUUCCCACACCUGCUAGUGUGGUUCCCACGCCUGCCAGUGGGGUUCCCACACCUGCCAGUGUACACUAG